UACCAAGGCAAACUUGGUUUUUUUAUAAUUUUUUUAUAAUAUUUUAAUAUUGUUUUGAUGCGCAAUAUUAUAAAUAAAUUUUAAAAAAUAUUAUUCUAAUAUAUUUUUAAAUAAAAAAUGAGUUAGAAAACCAACUAUCACAGCACUAUCUUAGCAUAAAAUAUUAUUCACAUUUAUGAUCAGAAACAUGAGCUUGCUAUUUGCCUACCUUGCUUGAAUUUCAAGAUUGGGACUUCCUUUCUAACAAUGCCAUUGUUUACAAUGGCGGAAUGCAAAAGGAAAUGCUUUCAUACAUGAGAAAGAUAAUUAAACUGAAACAUGAACCUUUCAAAGAGCACGUGUCCCAUUUUUACAAGUCCAGUAGCAUUUGAGAUGAUUCCAUGUUUUCAUUCAAGUCACUGAUCGAUUCAGCUAACAUUCUCUCUGAGUUUAUGUUCAGAAAAUGUAUGGAGACUAGAGUUUUUUUUUUUUUUUUUUGAAAAAAAUAGAGUGCUACUGCUAACAUACUCUCCAGGCAUUUGUGGCCAUAGCCGAGAUUCAAAUUUGGAACUUUAUUGAGAAGAAACAAAAUUCAAGUAUGAAUUAAAACAAUCAGAGAAUUACAUUGGGUAAUUUAUUUGCACCAGCUUAAUUUUUGACUCCUAAAACCCUAACCCCUUCUCUCACACUGAGCACGAAAGAAGAGGCAGAGUAGUUUGCCUGAAAACUGUACAUUUGAGAUACGCAAGAACUGAUAAGGAAACAAUGCCUAAGGCAACGAGCGUGAAGGGAGAUUCUACAGAAAAGCUCAAGGGAAUCCAAAUUCGAUCACUUGAUGACGACGAUGAGGUUGAAGAAGUUGUUGAAGAAGAAGAAGACGAUAGUGAAGAAGAAGAACCCGUAACACUAGGUUUUUUGGAAAAGCCAAAGGAUCGUCGGUCUCUUUUGCGUCAAGUAUUUCCUAGCAAGGCUGGUGGCGCGCCGGCGUGGCUGGAUCCUGUUAAUUUACCAUCUGGAAGGUCCUGUGUUUGUGAUAUAUGUGAAGAACCUAUACAGUUUUUGCUUCAGGUUUUUUUGCUUCAGGUCCUGUGUUAUGGACAGGGCAAUAGUCACAGAAAGUUCUGGGCAUCUUUCCAACAGCGCAUAGCCAAAGCCCCCGAAAAUAUAUUGUGAAAUCGACUGUUGUACUUAACAGUCUAGAAAACUUAGAUACAAUUUGAACUUUGAAGUCUAUAUGUGUGAUUGCUUCAACCAUCAUAAGCAUUUCAUUUAGUGUGGCACGGGUCCCUCUCAUGGGAUGAUUUUAUGGACAUUCUGGCUCCAUGUUUACUGAAC